GGGAUGUGAGCAGCCGUCUGAGCUCAGAGAAGAAGACAGAGGAGGUCUGUGUACAUGCAGAGAAUGAGCGAGCUGCUGAGGAUCACGUUUUUAUAACGGACCUUAAUAACAGUCGAUCCGAACCCGAAGUAAAGUAGCUGCAAGUCUCGGUUCUGCAUCAGAGACUCGCUGCAGCCCGGAGCUGGUUGACCGCGGGAAGCCAGAGCAUCUCUGCGGGAGGAGAUGUACCGUGGUCGGCCUCCGCCGAGAGGAGGCUACCCGCCUCCUUUCGAGGGCCGAGGUCCACCGCCUCCGAGGAAUUACCCGGCACCGGACUACAGAGACGACAGGAACCGACCCAGACACCCGUACCACCCCGACUACCACGACCGUGCUCACCCGGACCCGUACCGCCGCUCCCCACCGCGCAGGAGGUACCCUUCCCCCGGGUCAGGAAGUCACCGAGGGGGAGAGUACUGGGCCGGAGGUCCGCCGAGAGAGAGGUCUCCGUCUCCUCGCGGGCCGGCUCCCCUGGACCACAAACUGCUCAUCACCGUGGGCAACGAGCUGACCGGACCGUCUGGGUCGGCCCCCUCACGGCAUCAUGACAGAGACUACCCUCCUCGACCAGAGUACGAGCGGAGCCGGAGCCGCGGCCGGAGCCGACCUCGCAGCCACAGUCGGGACCGGAGUCCGGACCGGGGCCGGGCCAAGAGUCGGCCACGGAGCAAGAGUCGGCCACGGAGCAAGAGUCGGCCACGGAGCAAGAGUCGGCCACGGAGCAAGAGUCGCAGUCCGGACCGGAGCCGGGCCAAGAGCCGUGGCAGGAGCAAGAGUCGCCCCCGCAGCAGGUCCAGGUCCAGGUCCAGAGGACGAAGCAGAGGGCGGAGCUACAGCAAAGCAGCCAGCUACGGCCGCAGUAAGAGCCGGCAGAGGAAUCGAAGCCGCAGUGCGAGUAGCAGCUCGAGCUCCAGCAGCCGCAGCGGAGACGACAGCAACAUGAAAUCCCAAAAGAAAGAGUUCAAAGAGCUGGAGACGGCUCGACGCAGGAAGGAGCUGGAGGAGAUGCUGAGUCAGCCGACCAAAUCCAUCCUGAAGAGACGCAACGACUCUGAGGACUCGCCGUCCCUCAGGAGCUCAGACUCUCCCAGAGCUCUGGAAGGCUCCAACAUUUCUCGAGUGGCCGACCAGCUGCUGCUGGCCGUUAAAGGCAUGGAGCCCCACAGGGUGGCCGCCAUGCUGUCAGAGCUGCAGUCCCACCCACACACGACUCAACGCGCCGGCCUCGACGCCGAGAUAAAAGAAAUCCUCCACCUGCUGGGGGGGGCGGCGGGGGCCAGGGCUCAGGAGAAGGAGGAGGACGACAUCGACGACGAAGAGAAAUUCCUGUACGGGGACUCGGAGGAGCCCAAACCUCCACCGGCGUCCGAACCGCUCCAGCAUCACGGGCUGGAUCUGUACGGAGACGUGACAGAGGAGGCUCUGUACGGAGACUACACGCCGCAGAAGGCAUCCGUCUCUCAGACUUACGGCCUCCCUCCGGUGGCCUCUCCUCACCUUCAGGCCCUUCCCACCAUGGGGGAGAUGGGUGGACGGUACCCGAGCCAUCCCGCCAUCGGCCCCGAGCAGAACAUAACGGUGCAGGUGUCGAACCCUACCUGCCCGCCGGGGACAGAGCCACUGGAGGAGGGGGAGCGCCAGGCGCUGGAGGAGUACGAGAAGAUCCAGGACCUGCUGAAGACCAUCGGCCUGGACAUGGACAUGGCCGAGAUCAGCAAGAUGGCAGCCAGGACCAAAGAGCGGCUCCACGGGAACAAGCCGCCACCAAAGACCCCCACACGCCGCCAGCGUUACUCCUCAGACAGCUCGGACGGCAGCCGCCGCAGCCGGGACCGCAGGGGGCGGAGCCACAGCAGCAGCUCCAGCAGCAGCAGCAGGAGUCGCAGCCGCGGGCGCGGAGGCAGCUGGAGCAGUGACGACGGCCCCGGGAAGAGAUCGGCUCCACCCAAACCUCACAAUGACAGAGAGGCGACCGAGACGAAGGCGAAGCGGAGCGACCCGGCACUGCCGCGACAAAUCACCCCCGACCCCAACACCCUCCCCCCUCACCCUGGCGUGCCCAUCCCCACCUACCCACCCCCACCGGUCCACGGCAUGAUGCCCCCUAACUUCCCACCGCCGGGUUACGGCCAGUAUGGAAACUACCUUCCCUACAUGCACCAGCAAUGGCCGCCCAUGUACCCGCCCCCCAACAUGAGCCUGCCCCCACAGACCAGCCCGGACGACUUCUCCCGCGCUCUGCCCUACAAAGAGGUGAAGAGUUGUGUUCAGGACGCCGAGAAGGGGAAAGUGAGCAGCCGGGACAGGAGAGAGUCUGAGGAGCAGAACAACGAGAGCCAGAAACAAAAGGUUCUGGAGGAGAGAGAGAAGCUGAAGCAGGAGAGAGAGGUCAGGAUGAAGAAGAAAGAAUAUCUGAUGAAGGAGCUGGAGAGACUCAGGAAGCAACAAGGCGAGCUCCUGAGGAAGAAGCGGCGGGAGAAGGGUGGCCACAAAGACCCUCUGCUGCAGGAGAUCAGCCACCUGCAGGAGGACGUCAUGACUCAGAUCUCCAACCUACGCAAAGAGCACGAGGCUGCCGAGAAGAAACGCAACGAGAUCGACAAGGUGGCACUCAUCCUCGGCCUGAGCCCGUCCGACCGGCCCCGCAAGACCAGUAAGCUGGUUGAGGACCAGGAGGACGUGCCGCCGCCGCCACAGAAGGAGAAACGGGAGGCAGAGAGGAGUCCUGAUGGACGACAGGCAGCCAGCAGCUCCACGAUAAAGCAGGCCUCAGCGGUGCCGCCUCCAUCGAGAGCGUCCAUGGACAAGACGCCCAUCUGUGCAGCGCCGCCGCCGCCGACUUCGCUCCCGGAUCCGUUUGAAUACUAUGACGCUGGAAACCACUGGUGCAAAAACUGUAAUGUCACCUCUGGUUCAAUGUUUGAUUUUUUCACGCACUUGCAUCACAAAACACAUCGAAAGACUCUGGACCCGUACGACCGGCCCUGGGCUUCCACUCCUAACAAAACUGUCAAGAACACAUCGUCAGAAGAGAAGCUGACAAAACCCGCCAAAGGUUCGGAGUUCUUGCUGCCCGUCAGAGGAUUCUUCUGCCUGCUGUGUAAAGAGUUUUAUGGAGACGCCAUUUGUGCAGAAGAGCACGUCACCACACAUGCUCACAAUGAGAAAUACAAGAAACAAAUGUACGAGAAUCCCUUGUAUGAACAGAGGAGGAACCUGGACCGCCAGGCAGGACUGGCUUUAGAGACCAGUGCAAAGAAACGCAAACAUGACGACGAUGUGAAGGGAAACAAAGACAAGGAUGAAAAGUCCAAACACAAAAAGGAGAAAAAAGACAAGGAGAAAAAGAAGGAAGAGGAUGACACUGUUCUGAACGAAGAGAAAUCCAAAGUUAAAAAGGAGGAGGAAGAGAGGCUGAAGCCAAGCAAGCGAGAGGAGGACUUAAACGAUGCCCGAAGCCUGGAAGAGGAGAAGCCUUUUUACAAUAAGGAAGAUGAAAAUGAAAAGUAUAAAUACAGCAAGAAAGAUGAUAAAUACCGGUACAGCAGAGAGGAAGGGGAGAGGGGGAAAUUCAGCAGAAUAGAUGAAGAUGAUGGAUACAAAUACAGUCGAGAAGGCGAUUAUCGGUACCGGUAUCGCAGGGAUGAAGGAGACAGAUAUGAUGACCAUCCCAGAUAUGGGCCAAGAGGAGAUGAGGACAAGUUUAAACAUGGUAAAUAUUCAGAUUUCAGAUCAAAAUAUGAAAGAGAGAGAGAUGAAGGGAAACCGAAGGCUGAGAAGGAAGCCCCCAAAAAGCUAGAGCCGGCUAAACCAGUAGGGAAACCAGAGGUCACCAAACCUGAACCUCCACCAAAGCCCUAUGACCCACCAAAAGUCUUUUGUGGUCCCAGUCCAGCCAUGAGGGCAAAGCUCCGCAAGCAGAGCCAGGAAGCCGGCAAACCAGCACCUUCAUUUGGGAAGUUCACAUGGAAAAAGAAGGAGAAUAUUCUGGCAACGGAGGCACAGAAAGUGGCGGCGGACUUCAUCAAGGAAGAUGAAGCAGCAGCAAAACAGAGUCCAGUCUCACCAGAGGACUCUUUUGCGAAAUCUAUGGCUGUUGCUCAGGAAAUCGCCCAGAAGUUGGGUGGGCAGCCAAACACAACUUCUCCCUGGGUAUCCAACCAGGCCAGCCGGGGAAGGAUCCGACCUAACCUCCCUGGACCUGCUGCAUUCAUGAGGAAAACAGCCAUGUUGGGUAAACCUGCACCUCUGAACACCUUCCUCUCCAUCAGACCCCAAAACACCAGUAUAUCAGGGCCUCCUUCAAAAGAUGGAUCUAUAUUCCCUGAACCUGCACCUCUGAAUAGCUUUCCCUCCAUCAGACCUCAAAAGACCAGUAUACCAGCACCUCCUCCAAAAAAUGGACCCAUAUUACCAGUUGGUAAACCUGGGCCAUUUGAAUUUAUUUGUGCACCACCAGUUGCUGAACAGAAGCCAUCUGAGGAUAAACCUCUACAGCCAGUGUCAAGACGUAGUUCGUUUGAGGUUAAACCUGCACCACCAGUUUCUCAUCCUGUACCAGUCCAGAAAAGGCCUCCAUUGCCAUCUGUGUCUAAAUCUGUGUCAUCUGAAGCGAAUCCUGCACCAUCUAAACCUACUCUUGCUUCAUCCACAGCAAAAUUGGCACAACCAACAAUGAUGAAGAUAGUAUCUGACGUGCCAGCUCCUGGAGUCCCAGAAAAUGAGCAAACUCUUACAGUGUUCGUCAAGCCUCCACCUUUCAUGGCUAAGGGUGAUGGAGCUCAGAAGUCUGAAAAGCUCAAGAGUAACCUGGCUGCAGCCAAACGGCAGGAAUUAUUUGGCAUCUUCUACAGCAGCCUUGGCCAAACGAGUGCCUCCUCCAUCACCAAACCAGCAACAGACAACAGAUCUGAUGGCAAUAGCACCAAUAAAAGUCAACCUCCUACUGCACAAGCACAAAAACCACAACCUCAGAGUCCUUCUCCAACCCAGUCCCAACCUCCAGUUGUGGUCUGUACAUCUCCACAACCAAACUCAAACAAUUCCACCAGCCACCAAACCCAGCCAGAUAUUCAGAUUGCUUCUGUUUGGUCUUUGCAGUCUACACCUGCUCAACAAACAGAGCCUGCCAGAGUGGGACCAACACCCCAAACUAAGCCCCAGCCCAAUCUGAGUCCUCAGAUACAAACAGAGCCACAAGCGGAAACCCAAUUAGACCAGGACAGCCCGCCUCUGUCCCAUCCGGAGACCCAUCCUAAUAGAACCCCAGAUUGUGAAUCCAAACCAGGCCCCAAAAUUAGAGGCAUGAAAACCCCUCCUGCCCCCCCCCCUGUCAGACAAACCAGAUCCCAAACCAGAUACCAGACCCGGCAGCAGAAGAGCCACUCUGAGCCAGAACUGACUUCUGGAGAUUUUGACUCAGCAGCUUCAGACUCAAAGGGGCUGGACACAUCAGAACCUGGGUCCGAGGGUGAACGUCAGAUGACGGGGACAGUGGACUCUGAGGCUGGUGUUAACUGAGCUGACCGGACUGUGUGACUGGACUUGAAGGCAGCUGCAAGUGGUGAGAGAGACACUCAAUCUGACGGACUUUAGAUUCUCCUGACUCUUCAUGUGUGUAAAGGACCAGUUGGAUGUUUUAGUGAAACCAUCUUGGUCUCGGUUCAUCCAGCACAGAGAUCAUGGAUGUCUUUGUCCUGCGUGGCACACAAUCUUAUUCUUUUACUGAUGACAAAGAAACCCUCACGCACAAAACAGACUCUGAAUAUUUACUAAAAAGUUGUUACUGUCUGCCUCCAUUGUUACACAGAAACACAUGGCUGGCUGAAAAAUAACAAUGGAGCUCUGUCGCAAGCGACUUUGAGGCCAAAAGAUCUGCAUCUGUUUUUCAUGGUUUGGGCUUGGCCACUUCAGUGGAACACAAGAUCGUCCAUAACAUUUGAUUUGUUUUUUCAGACAUUGCUCUGACCUUCCAAAAGUGAAUUCUUGGAUAACAAUUCCAGUUCUGCCUCUAAAAUGACUAAAAAAAAUCAUAUUUUGGUUGUAACCAUAAGACACGUGGAAGCCUUGCCUCAUUGUGAUUGUCACAAUAUUUCUUGAUAGCUCUGAAAUAGGACACUGCAAGUUCCAAGCACCGUCCCGUUCAACUGUGUGCAACUGAACAGAUUUUUACUAAAAACAAACUAAAAAUCCAAACCAAAAGCAACUUCUGUAGCUCAAGUCAAUGUUUUUCAUUUUCUGAAUGUAUUUUGGUACAGACUUGAAGCAAAAGGCUUGGAGCUCAUCAUGAAAAAUGAGUAAAUAACAUAUUCAAUGAUAGAAUUAUUUAGUUAUGAUAUCCACUUUCUCAUCUGACUCAGUGGAGGACAGAAGAAAAGUUCCUAAAAUGUCAAACUGUUCUUUCAAAUCACAUUUUCAUCUUUCACGUGUUCACAGAAGUCUUUCCUCUUUCUUUCAGUAUUUCUUUCUCCUCCAACAGGUAAAGUUUUCUAUAACAUCUGUUGUGUUCCAUUCUUUGUAAGUCAGAUUAUUUUCCCUCUUUGAAAGAAGAUGAGGUGUUUCUCACAGUUCAGUUGGAGAAAUCAAAGUCUCAUAUCAGACCAAACUCAUUUAGUUCAUGCUGGCUGAAGAUCCAGGAGCUGAUUCCUAAACGUGCAUCAGGUUUUCUCCCUGAUUUCUGAUCUGUGGUCAGUGUCUUUGUGUAUCAGUAGAAACAAGCCCUUCAUCUUGCAACAUUUGUAUUUUUAAUAAAAAAUUAGUGAGAAAUAA